AUCUGGCAACACUGACUCAAUUAUGUUUUGACUGUUUUGAACACGUGUGGAAAAUUAAUGAUGGCAAAUCGAGAAAUUUAUGCAGCUAAUUGUGAAAAAGAAUUCAUAAACAAUUUAAUUAACGAUGGAAAAAGACUGGAUGGACGAGAUCAUCACCACAGCAGGAGGUUGUCGAUAGUAUUCGGUUUAGAUGACGGCUGUUGUAUUACUACACUGGGAAAUACUAGAGUUUUGGCCCAAGUUUCAAGCGAAAUUGUGGUUCCUAAGCCAGCUCGACCGUCAGAAGGUAUCUUCCAAAUUAAUGUGGAAUUGUCGCCCAUGGCUUCUUCACAGUUUGAAGCGGGAAGAUCUAGCGAUCUCGGAGUAGAAAUUUCGAGGCUGAUAGAAAGGUGCAUAAGAGAAUCUAAGUGCAUCGAUCUUGAAUCUUUAUGUAUAGUGGCCAAAGAAAAGGUGUGGGCAAUUCGUGUUGAUCUCCAUUUGAUAAAUCAUGACGGUAACAUCACCGAAUGUGCCAGUAUUGCCGCGGUGGCGGCCCUCAGUCAUUUUCGGAGACCUCAUGUUUCUGUUGUGGGAACAAAUGUCAUUGUGCAUCCUGUCGAAGAUCACUGUCCCGUGCCUCUGCGAAUAAAUCAUCUGCCAUUUUGUAUAACGUUUGCUAUUUUUGAACAAGGUGCCCAGGUGCUGGCCGACCCCACCGACCUGGAAGAGCGUCUGGCGGACGGCAAAGUGGUGGCGGCCAUGAACGGCCUCAGAGAAAUCUGCCUGUUGCACAUGAACGGUCUUCUCGCUCUGACGAAAACAAAGUUAUUACAGUGUACAAAUUUGGCAGCAGAAAGAGCUCAAGAAAUCACAAAAUAUAUGAAAGAAUCACUAGAAACAGAAAAGACGAACACAAGAAAGGGAUUCUCAGAAAUAUUAAAAACCGACACCAUACUCGGAGCGUACUACCAACCGACUCCCCUACACGUACAGCUCAUGAAAGAGACCAUGGAAAUCGACAGGGAAGAAACCGAUAAAAAUGAAAUCCUCAUUCAUCUCAAGGCUCCGGGCAUUGCCACGCUUGGCGAAGACGGCCCAAGUAAAUGGGGAAUAAUUCAUUCCGGAGCUGAAGGAAAAGAGGAUGAAACUUCGGGCACAAUUGCCUGUUCCGAAUCAACGUCUGACAUGGACAAAACUCAAGAAUCUGGCAAAAGUGAUGAAGAGGACAACAUAACUAUUCUGAAGCCAAAGGAAACAGAUGAAAUAGAUACCAGCAGUGACGAAGAAGUGGAUCUGACAAAAGCCAUUGCCAAACCAUCCAGGCAGUGGUAUCCCAAAGUUCCCUUUUAGUUUAUUCUUCUGCAUCUGAAAUCAAAGCCUAAAAAGUGUACAUAAAGUCAUUAGGAAGUUAAUAAACACUCGUCCAUACAAUUAGUUUUCAAAUAUAUUUGAAAGUCUGUUUAUUUUUCUUAAAUUUUCACUACAAGAAACAAAGACGACUUCAUCUACUGCAAGUUUUACAACUAUUUGACAAUUCUUUCUAAUUUUAAUUAAAUAUGUCAAGAUUUGAGACACAAAAAGA